UGAUAGCUCGGCAAUUGCGAAAUAUUCACACAUUAUAUUGUUUAGUUUGCGUGUAACAAGUUCAGUUAAUAUUAUUGUUGUUAGUUAUCUAAUUAUGCACAAAAAGUUGAGCUUAGUGAGCAGCGCGGCAUUGGCGCUGGUCGCUGGCCUCUGCCUGGCCCAUGCUGCAGUUAUCAAACCAAUUAACAGUGAGCAAACAGCAUGGGAACUCGUCGAUGCGAUAUAUGGAACCUCCGGACUGCGGGGUUUUAAUGGCACCUGGAUAUCAGAUGAGGAAUUUUAUUACACUGCCAGCGAUAAAUCUAUACGUAAAUAUAAUGCCGCCGCCAAUACUACGAGCGUUUUUCUGGAUGCCAGCUUUUUGAACUCCUAUAGUGGGGCAAUGUUCACACUCUCGCCAGACAAUUCAAAAAUUCUAGUGCGCUACAAUUUGACAGAGAAGUUUCGUCACUCGUAUGUGGCACAAUACGAUGUGUACGACAUUGCCACAAAGAAGUCAAUCAAGAUGCACAAAGGCGAGAAGCUGCAGUACUGCGGCUGGUCGCCGCUGCAGGAUAGACUGGCCUAUGUUUAUCUGAACAACGUCUAUGUACACUUUAGUGAGGAGAAAGAGGUGCAAAUCACAGAUGACGGCGUAGAUGGGAUUGUGUAUAACGGUGUGCCCGAUUGGGUCUAUGAGGAGGAGGUGCUGAGCAGUGGACAUGCACUCUGGUGGUCCCCAGAUGGCAACAAGCUGGCUGUUGGCUUUUUUAACGACACCAAAGUGGAGACAUUUAGAUACACCCUCUAUGGCGAUACCAGUGACAACUAUGCGCAGUAUCCGCAUGAGGAGCAACUCAAGUACCCCAAGCCAGGCACACCCAAUCCCGUGGUGAAUGUGCGCGUCUAUGAUCUGAGCAGCACUGUGCCUGUUAUGAAGCUCAUUGGCGCACCUGUGAACAUUGUGGGUGAUGAUCAUAUUCUGGAGCAUGUGGUGUGGACGGAUAGCAGUCAUUUGCUCAUUACCUGGCUUAACAGGCGUCAGAAUCUGGCCACAAUGCAGCGCUGUACGCAAAGCGGCGAGUGCACGGAGAUCAAACGUCUCGACGAGCCCCAUGGCUGGAUUAAUAUUGAUACACCCAAGUGUCUGAGCAAUGGCAUCAAUUGUAUAUUUACAUACUGGAUCGAUGACUGGCUGCAGGUCUGGAAUCUCAAUCUGCUCACUGGAGAAAACAUUUGGAAAAGGCGUGGCCGGUUUACUGUGCUCAAUAUCUACGGCUACGAUGAAGUUAACGACAGACUUUACUAUCAAGCCACUCAGCUGGGAAGUCCCGAUGUUUAUCAUGUCUAUCGCAAUGAUAUUUGCCUCAGUUGUCAUAUGGAAGAUGCCGAUGGCACUGAAUGUCUUUCGGCUAGCGCCAGCUUUAGCAAAGGGUACUCCUACUAUAGCAUCUCAUGCACCGGCCCCAAUCCAGUUUAUACACGCAUCUUCAAGAUGACGCCGACGUCAAUGGAACAAAUCAACGACUGGGAACCAAAUGCAGCCUAUCGCGCCAAAUUGGCCACCAAGCUGCGUCCAAGCUAUAGUUUUAUCAAUGUUAAGCUGAAGGAUGGCAGCUUUGGCAUUUGCAAACUGGCGCUGCCGCCAGGCUUUGAUGAUAAGAAGAAGUAUCCCAUGAUUGUGGUCGUCUAUGGCGGUCCCAACUCUGUGCGUGUUACCAACAGCUUUACUGUAGGUUUUGAGGCCUUUGUAACCACAAACAGGGACACGAUUUACGCCUAUAUCGAUGGACGCGGCACAGGAAACAAGGGCAAAGAUUUGCUAUUCUCAGUCAACAAUGAUUUGGGCGAUCACGAAGUGGAGGAUCAGCUGCAUGUGACCAAGUGGCUGCAAAUCUUUUUGGGCUUUGUGGAUCCCGAACGUACAGCCAUUUGGGGCUGGAGCUAUGGUGGCUAUAUGACAGCCAAGACGAUUGAGGCUGAUGAUAAGCGUGUCUUCCAGUGCGGGGUCGCUGUGGCACCAGUGACCUCCUGGCUGUACUAUGAUACCAUUUAUACAGAACGCUAUAUGGGUCUGCCUGAUAGCAAUGCGCAAAAGUAUAAUGAGAGCGAUACCUACAAGAAUUUAGAGAAUUUCCGCACGCAUGACUUUUUGUUAGUACACGGCUCUGGGGACGACAAUGUGCAUUACCAACACUCUCUGCUUUUGGCCAAGCGACUGCAAAGGGCCGACAUACAAUUUGAGGAGCAGACUUAUACAGAUGAGAACCAUGGCAUUGGCAAUGCUUUGCCGCAUUUGUAUCAUACCAUUGACCGUUUCUUUGCCAACUGCCUGAAUUUAGAUACCAAUGAAGCUUGAAUUGUAUGCUAGCUAAGUUAUCUAGUCAAUUAACAAUUGUACAGUUGCCUUUUAUAUGUAUUAAUAAACGUUUUAUGUAAAUCUAA